UCUCCCUCACUCCCCUCCCCCUUGUUCUCCUCCCCCGCUAGCUCCCUCGCGCUCUCUCUUCCUCUCCAUCCUCCUCUCGCGCUCAGUCUCUCAGCAGUCCGCGUGCCUGUGAGAGGAGCCACCGCAGGGGCCGCAUCCAUGGAGCGCCUCUUCCGCCCGCAGCCUCUUCACUUCGUCCCGUUACAGGCUGCGAUGAUAUAGGAGAGAAAAAGAAGCCGAUAGCGAAACACGCCGCGGUGUUCCAGUUCGGGCCUUUCGACACCUCGUCUGAAACUUUUCUCCGUUUCUCGGUUCCCGUCAGUGCUGGCGAUGCUCAGCCCGAGGAAGGUGAACGCGAAGAGGAGGAGGAGGAGGAGAAAGGAGCUGCUGGCGGGGCAGCUGUGCCUCAUGGGGCUCCUGCUCGCCAUGCUCUCGGGACUGGCAACUUUGACCCAAAACUCCGGCUAUGUCUCCUCCGAGGUCAGUGACAAGUGGGAGAGUCGUAGGCUCCUGCAGUACUUCGACAAUGACACAGAGGGGCAUUCCUACAGGAACUGUACUCCGCCAGGUAUACACGAGUUUCCUGAUGACAUUUUCACCAACCAGGAGCGAAUGGAGGGGGCUGUGGCCCUGCACGUUUUGGGUGCCAUGUACAUGUUCUAUGCCCUGGCCGUAGUGUGUGAUGACUACUUCGUGCCCUCCUUGGAGAAGAUUUGUGAGCGUCUGCACCUCAGUGAAGAUGUCGCUGGAGCAACGUUCAUGGCAGCUGGCAGCUCAGCCCCUGAACUCUUCACCUCUGUCAUAGGAGUGUUCAUCACCAAAGGAGAUGUGGGAGUAGGAACAAUUGUGGGUUCUGCUGUUUUCAACAUCCUCUGCAUCAUUGGAGUGUGUGGGAUCUUUGCGGGACAAGCAGUGCGACUCUCCUGUUGGACUCUAAUGAGAGACUCCACAUACUACACCAUCUCAGUGACCACUCUCAUUGUGUUUAUCUAUGAUGAGAAGGUGACGUGGUACGAAUCGCUUGUCCUGAUCCUGAUGUACCUUGUUUACAUUUUAAUAAUGAAGUGUAACUCGCGUGUGGUGCAUUUUAUUGAGCGGAGGAAGAGGAAGAAGAACUCUACUAACCUGGGUAACGGCACAGCCAGCAACACUGACCUGGAUGAUGGCUGUGAUGCUACAGCUGUGCUCCUCAAAAAAGCUAACUUUCACAGAAAGCCCUCUGUGCUGAUGGUGGAUGAACUGCUGUCUGCGUAUCCACACCAACUCUCUUUCUCCGAGGCUGGAAUGAGGAUCAUGAUCACUAGCCACUUCUCUCCACGCACACGCCUCACCAUGGCUUCCCGGAUGCUCAUCACAGAGAGGCAGCGUCUGAUAAACAGUCGUUUCAGUAACGGGGACUCAGAGGUGACGGUAAAAAUUCCAGGCAGGCGAGGGGUGGAGAAUGGUCUGGUGAGCGUUGAACGAGGUCUGAACGGCCGCAGAGGUGGUCACCAUGAUGAUGACAGGGGUGGGGCAGAUGCUGGUACGGACACAGAGAAUGAGAACGAGGAUAAUGAGAACAAUGAAAAUGACGGGGAAGAGGAAGAGGAAGAUGACAAUGAAGGGCCCUAUGUCCCCUUCCGCUGCCCAGCGGGGACAUGCAAUAAGCUGAAGUGGCUAAUGGCGUGGCCGAUGAGUCUGCUGCUGUUUUUCACUGUGCCCAACUGCGCCACGCCCCGCUGGGAGCGCUGGUUCAUGGUCACUUUCAUCAGCUCCACGCUCUGGAUUGCCGGCCUCUCCUACAUUAUGGUGUGGAUGGUCACAGUUAUUGGGUUCACUCUGGGCAUUCCAGAUGUCAUCAUGGGCAUUACGUUCUUGGCUGCAGGCACCAGCGUCCCUGACUGCAUGGCAAGCCUUAUAGUGGCAAGGCAAGGCCUGGGUGACAUGGCAGUGUCUAAUUCCAUUGGCAGUAAUGUGUUUGAUAUCCUGGUUGGGCUGGGUCUGCCCUGGGCCCUCCAGACUCUGGCUAUAGACUAUGGUUCAACAAUCCAUCUGAACAGCAGAGGUCUAAUUUUUUCUGUUGGACUUCUCUUGGCAUCUGUGUUUCUCACGGUUCUGGGUGUGCAUCUGAACAAGUGGACCCUGGACAAACGUCUGGGCUUCACGUGUCUCCUGAUGUAUGCCGUUUUCCUGUGUUUCUCCAUCCUCAUUGAAUUCAACGUCUUUAUUUUCGUCAAUCUGCCCACUUGCCAUUGACACCACUCCUCUCCAUUACUACCCUCUCUUUGUCUCUCGGUCGGUCCUGUGAGGACUCAGGCGCUGGUCCUCCGUCUGAGGAAGAUCUGAUCUGUCCUUCGUGAAAACUUAAUUUAUCGAUCCUGUAAUUCCUCUCUUUUUUGCGAUGCCGAUGGAGCCCUGGGUCAGUGGCUUUGGCCUGUAGAGAGGGGAAAGGAGCGAAGCAUGGAUCUGUUCAAGGAUGCAGACUUCUCAGUCAGGACAGGAAGGUGAACCAAGAUGACUACUGCCUGGUUUGAUGUGAAAAUAAGGGGUUUUUGAAUAUUUUCUAUGGAUAUGAAAAUACUGAAUUAUUAUUGUAAUAUGAUGAAAAUCUCUAUUAUCUUUUAUGAUUACAUUUGUUUACUAGCUGCUAAACUGGCUGAGAAAAGGCUGGACUGAAGAUUUGCCACGAUGUACUGAGUACUUCUUAAGAUGAUAAUCAUCUAAAAUAUGGUUAUAAAUAUUGAUAUAAUAAUGCGUUCAUGAUUUUGAAAGAUUUCUUAAGCGAUUACUUUGGGAUUAGCCAAAAAAAAGGUACUGGUGACCUGUUGUAUAUACUUAUGGACAGUACUGAUGUGGUUACCCAGGUGACUGGAGAUUCCUCUCUUAUCAUGGGCAUUAUCCUUGACACCUAGUUCAGUCCUCCCUCCCCAGCUGUGUCUGGAUGCCAGGGAUUGUUUGGAGGGAAAACUUUUGAAUAUGUUAAAUCAGAACAUGUUUACUUUCUAGAGUAGGAAGGAAAUAUCGAAAGGUUGCUGUACACAGUGGUGAAAUGGUCCAUAUCAGAUAAUUAUGUUUCCAAUUAACAAGCUCUGGACUGAUAUUUUUUUUUUCUUGAGGGUCUUGGGGGACUUUUUGAGUAGCAGUGGUACGGGCCUAGAUGCAAAUAAAUUGGGUCAGAGCCGUAGUUCGCUUGCCAACGGUAUUGUAUUUAUGUUUAAAGUGAGAAUAUGCUGACCCUGGAAUAAGGGACGUGUAAAAAUAUGUUUACGAAUUAUUUGUUUUGUCUCUAUUACUCUGUAUAUAUUGACGCAGAGAUUCUUCUAUUUAAUAAUUUAUUGAACUAUUUAUGCACAUUAAUUUCCUCUUGCGGUCCUAAAAGAAAACAAAAAAAAAAACAAAAAAACACAGCUGUCCCAAAGAAGAGACCAUUUUGGAGUUUCAGCCAAGCUAUGUCACUUUAUCUUUCAAAGCUUUGUGUCACCUUUUUUUAAGUAGAACUGUUUCGGCACAUCAGAGUGGUUUGGUCACUGAUAGGAGUGACCACAGUGUGUGUGUUUAUCCCAGUGUUUCUGCUUUUUAAUAAAAAAUAAUGUUCACAGGAAUGGUGAAAGGACAAAGUGAAUUGCAAACCCAAAUAGCUGAUUAGCGGGAACAUAUCCUGAUAAAAUGAAGCUAACCUCUUCUGAUGGUUGGAUUUUUAGAGAAACCUAUUGGAACAGUCCAUCCAAAGCGGAUCCAUUGAUUUUAUGCAGAUAUUCCACUCUGGUCUUGGAGCUUUCUGCGAUUACUAGACUUGAAGUUAUGAAUGGGUUUUAGAUAGCGCAGCUGAAUAACUCUGUAAGUCAUGGAGCCUCAUCUGUUCGGACUGUUUUCACAGAGCCUAACUGGCUACCUUCAUCAUAUCCGGAGACGCCACCGGGAUUUAUUUCAGCAUCUCAGAUGAAUUUCACUACCAUGCAUUCUGAGAACUCUGAACUGUGGUACAACAUUGAUCACAUACACUUUUGAGCUUUGACUUGCGGUACUUUAUCUCGUCUGAAGUCUUUAGAAAGCUGCCGUGGUUUGGAUUUUGUGGUUCUCAAAGCCCAGGUAGCACACAGAACAUCACACAAGUCUCCAUGUCAGAAGGCACAUUACAUGAACAUAUGUGUUUUAUGCACUGACCAAUUCACUCGGUCUUACUGUUCAUAUCUUACCGGUAGAGUUUAGCUACUAUCAACUUAUAUGUAAAACUCAGCAAAGUAUUUUUAUCACAAAAAAAAAACUGUUUGUACUUUGUAAUGCAAGAUGUUUCGAACUGUUCUCUGCUUUAAAAUUUAGGAUGUGCGUCAAAAAAAUCGAUAUGUACAUACUUUAGCUCAUAAAGCUAAUUUCCAAUUUGUCGGCUCACUGUUGAUUUUUAAUAGGUUUUCUUUUUGUAUAUUUAGUCACAGUUUCUGUAGAACCUUACUUUUGCUACUAGGAUAGAGAGUCAAAAUGUAUUUUUAGCUCCACUAAAAUCACUUUGCCAUGAUGAUAAAUAUGUUGGUACCUUUAUCACUCUGGAAAUAUACACAAGGAGACAUAUUAAACAUAAUUCCCAAAAAUGCAACAGCAGUAUUAGUAAUAGGAUGUGCCACUUCUACUUAAUGUAAAACUUGGUUUAUUCAAGAUAGAAUGUAUAAUAUGGAACUGUUAUUCUUGGAUAAUAAGGGUUGCUUAAUAUUAGUUAGUUGCUUCAUUUUGUUGUUUUGUAGAAGGUUAUAUAUUUAGAAGAUUAUUUAAAUAAUUGAGGGAAAACAGGGUUCCUGAUAGAAGUCCACUUGAUUUGUAAUGCAAUAAUAAUCAUUAUUAAUGUGUACAUAUUAUCUCUUGUUAGUCCUGGAAAAGACACCAUACACCUUACAGAACAAAAUAGCUUACAUACAUAAUUCCGUCAGUAAUGGAGUUGAUUUUAGUGAAAUUUGUUCACUCUUUGCUUUACAUUAUAUUUAGAUGAGAGCAGCAGCUUUGACAUUCAAAAGCAACACAUUUGGCUCCUACUGAAGCACUGCAAUGACACAGCCUUCAAAAUGCCCCAGUAAAACUGCUUGAUUUCCUGGAAAAAGCAAUGGCUAUAUUCAGAUUUGUGGUUGAAUCACUUCAUUAAGGACAGAUGUUUUGUCUUUAAUGGUACACUAAUACUGUUGUCUUGAUCAGUGCUUAAUGGCCAGUUUCAGUCAAAGAAACAGUGUUCAGCUAUGUUCUGUGCUGCUGUUCCUUUGUACGCACAACCAUGACACCAAUUAUGAGCAAGGGCAAGCACAAGUGAUUAGCCCACACUUAUGGGUGGAACAUUUUUCCACAUAUUCCCCACUCAGAUGCUCAUAUCUGCUGGUGUUCUUUAAUGGAUGAGAGCAAUUUAAAACACAAAUGUGAUAUUUACAGGGUGAUGCAUCGCUGAUGUACAUAUAUACAUAUGUGUAAAUGUAUUUAUAUUUUUUGUCUUAACCUGUAUAUCUGUUGACUAUAUUUUCAUAGAUACUGUACGAUGUUUGGGUCCUCAUUUCUGUUGUGUUUUGAUUAAAACGCCCUUUGGUUCGCUAAUUCGCAUGAGGAUAUUUUAAUAUAAGAACCUACUUAUGUUUAUUAUUAUAUAAUUGGUGGACACUGAUGAGACAGCUGUGAAAUUAGACCUCUUAGAUCAUUGCAUGUUUUAUUUUUUUCAGGGGAAUACUGCUGGAUCUUUGAUUCUUCAAUGAUGGAAACAGUAAAUGUUUAAGUCAGCAUUAAUGGUUUACUACACAUUUCAGAGAACACGAGAAAGAACUGUUGGCUUUAUGUACUGAAAUAUUUUGUUCAGGUGUUUCAAGUGUAUAUCAGAGUACAUUUUUGCUACUCAAGCAUAAAUAAAAUGAUCUUUGCUAAGGCCAAAGA